UUUAAAUUGAAAAUAAAAUGUACGGGGAUAGUUCAGAAGAAGAGAAAGAGGCCGAAGAGCCACUGCCACCUUAUGAGAUUAGGUCCAGUGACAUGAGUGAGCAUCUCCAAGAGAAAUGUGUGCGUAUUUGUCACUCAGUCCUUCUCCAGUUUACUGGUGAGGAUGGUGAGAAGCCUAAGGUAGCCUCUCAAGCUAUUGAUAUGGAAAUGGCGACCAAGAUAAAAGAAAAGAUAGAUCAAGACGAGGAGCUUAGAGACGAAGGAGCAGGGUGGCAUGUCGUUAUCGGUAAGAGCUACGCUUGCUCUAUCUCCUGUAAAACUAAGCAUCACGUCUUCCUAGAUUUGAAGGAAAUUCAUAAGUCAUUCUUGAUUUUUAAGACUGAGUAA